CCUAUGAAAAGCUGUGGUGCCCGCUGUCAUCCCCUUCUCCCCAUCCCGUCCUCUUGGUUCCUGUCAAGUCAACACCAGACGGCGUGCUCUCCCCAGCCGUUGCAAACGUUUUGUUUGCGUCCUCUCAUUGUGUGCUUCACACCCACUAGUCACUCUUUUACGGCCCGGCCCUCCUCGGCCAGUCACUCAUUUUGCGUGUAUACAUACACUCUGUAUUGCUAAUACCCCAACUCCAUAAUGUUCACCAAGACUCUCGCCAUCGCGGCUUUGGCCGUUGUCCCGGCCCUGGCAACACCUGCCGUCAACGUCUACUGGGGACAGAAGGGCGUGUCCACAGACAGACUCAAGACCUUUUGUGAUGACUCUAGUUUUGAGUAUGUCACUGUCGGUUUCAUCAACAAGUCCCCCGAGCAGGACCCGUCAAGCUUGAAGUACCCGGGCAGUGACUUCGCCAUCCACUGUAUAAGCGCCAAGUACCAGGACCCCAGCGAGGUCGACUCGAACCUCCUCAGCCAGUGCGGUCAGAUCGCCGCCGACGUCCGGUACUGCCAGAACAAGGGGAAAAAGGUGCUCCUCUCCAUCGGUGGUCGGUGGGAUCCGCCCAAGUCCGAUUACACCAUCUCAAGCGGGCCUGCCGGCGAGUACUUUGCCGACUUCAUCUGGGGCGCUUUCGGUCCUUACAACAAGAACUGGGAGGGGAAGCCGAGACCUUUCGAUGACUUUUAUGGCGCCGAUGAAGGCGAGGAACACUUCGUGUUUGACGGUUUCGACUUCGAUAUCGAGCACAAGUUCGAGGACCAAACCGGCUAUGUCGCCAUGGUCCGUCGCCUGCGUGGUCUGACCAACUUGGACACGAGCAGGAAGUACCUCAUCACGGCGGCUCCCGAAUGCCCCUUGGUCGAUCAGUACUUCAACAUGAAGACCAUCAUCAACGAGUGCCAAUUCGAUGCCCUCUUCAUCCAGUUCUACAACAACCCCAUGUGCGCUGGAGUCAACAACAACUUCGAUGCUUGGGCCUCCUACCUCAAGAACACCGCCAGCAAGGAUGCUAAAAUCUUCAUCGGGCUGCCCGGUUCUAAGGAGGCUGCUGGCUCGGGUUACCUGCCGCCCUCGCAAGCACACAGUCUGAUUAACAAGCACAAAAACAAGCCGGCUUUCGGCGGUGUUAUGGUUUGGGAUGUCGUCCUCGGCAGUGAGGUGUUCAGUGGCUCCCGCUACUACGACCUCAUGCAUGAGUAUGCCUGUGGGCCAUCGUCCCCAACCGCGACUUCCACCGGCCCGACACCGACGCCUACUACUUGCGUUAGGUGGCACGACGUUGUCAGCGGCGACAAUUGCUACAAUCUUGCCAACUACUACGGCAUGACCCUGGAAGAAUUGAAGAGCCUCAACCCCGGGGUUUCCUGCGCGCUCAUGGCCGGCCAAAGGCUUUGCGUGAGGUUUGGCAUCCCGCCGCCCGUCACCACCACCUCGACCACUAGCACUUCAACUACCAGCACUUCGACCACCAGCACUUCGACCAGCUCGAGCACUUCGACCAGCUCUAGCACUUCGACCUCUAGCACCUCGACUAGCUCUUCGACCAGCACUACCAGCACCUCGACCAGCUCCACUUCGAUUGAGAGUAGCUCAACCGAAACUGAGACUUCCACCGAGACUGCCACCGAGACUGCCACCGAGACUGCCACCGAGACGGAGACUGCUAGCGAGACCGAGACUGCUACCGAGACGGAGACUGCUAGCGAGACCGAGACUGCUACCGAGACGGAGACUGCUAGCGAGACCGAGACUGCUACCGAGACUGCCACCGAGACCGAGACUGCUAGCGAGACGGAGACUGCUACCGAGACUGCCACAGAGACUGCUUCCGAGUCUGUCUCUGAGUCCGCUACCGAGACCGAGACAGAAACAUCCACCAUCACCUCAGCCCCUGGUGUCACUUCGACCACUAGCAGUGAAACAGCUACUGUUACUUCUACCGAGGAUGAUGACACGUGCGAGGACGAGGAGACGAGCACCUCUACCGUUGAGUCUGCCACUGAGUCUGUGACUAUUACCUCGGCCCCAGAGCCCACUUCCACCAGCAGUGAUGCAGCCACCACCACCUCGACUGAGGAGGACGACACUUGCGAGGAUGAUGAGACCAGCACCUCUACCGUCGAGUCCGCCACCAUCACAUCUGCCCCCGAAUCCACCUCGACAGAUAGCGGCGAGCCGGCCACUAGCACCUCGACUGAGGAUGAUGAUACCUGUGAGGAUGACGAGACCAGCACCUCUGCUGUCGAGUCCGCCACCAUUACCUCUGCCCCUGAGUCUACCUCGACCGCUGUCGAGUCCGCCACUGGCUCUGCCACUGAGACUGCCACGUCUUCCGAUGCCCCUAUUACCGGCACCUCGACCUCGGACGGCGGCGCCGGCCCCAGCACCACCGCUUCCGAGAGCAUGACGACGUCGACCAUCUACACCACGACCACCUACACCAUCACCUCUUGCGCGCCGAGCGUAACGUCCUGCCCCGGCCGCGUCGUGACCGAGACCAUCGCCGUCAGCACAACUGUCUGCCCCAUCACCGACGUCGUCGAUGGCCCCUCCUCCACCCUCUCGAUUGACUCGCCCAAGCCGACCACCAGCGAGGGCAACGAUGACGACGAGGAGACGGACUCGACCUCCACUACUCAGGUCACCACCACGCGCUUCACCACCCUGACGGUGCCCAAGCCCGAGCCCACCACGGCAAUCGAAGAGCCCACCACCGCCGUCGAGCAGACGACCCCUUCGUCGGCGCUGUCGUCUGCCCCGUCGGCCGGCUUCCCCACCACGUCGUCGGGCUUCCCCUCGACGUCUACCCAGCCCGUGACCGCCGGUGCCGGCCGCAAUGCCGCCGCGCUCGGCGUGCCUGCGGCCGUGGUGGCGGCGCUGUUCUUUGCUCUUUAGAGUGUAUAAAAAGGGCGGCUGGAAUGAUUAGACGGCUUUCGUUUGUUUGCUGGAUGGGCUUUUGCGUUUCUUCUUGUGGAUACCACCUGCUCCUACAUAGGUAGUAUCUAGCUCAUGUGGAUAGUAGCUGGGGUGUCAUUUUCGUGUAUUUGGAGGAUUGAUGAUGAGCGUGGAUUUGGAUAAUGCACUUGUUGUUGGAUUGUGCUAAUCAUGUUUGAUGUGUUUCAAUGAAGUUGAUGUCUUGAUUUGGGUGUCUGUGACGGGAGAUGAUGUGAUUUGAGUUGCCAACAUGUGGCGUCCCUUACAGCCAUUAGCGAUUUCGGUUCUACUUUGUACUGUGCAUUCGCAAUAUUGGGAACUAUCGCUACUUCAGCCACAUUGCGAGAAGGUUG